UCUCAUAUCUGUAUUCGACGCUUGUUUGUGUGUGUGUGCUUGUUUGAGAAGCCCUUACACUUGAAAUGUCAAUUUAUUUAGGUCGUUUUGUUGAGUUUUAGGGUACAUUGAUGAUUUUUUAAGGUCUGAAAGAUAUUCCUUGCUUUGUCAGCAUUAUGGACGUCCCGCCAAUGAUUUUUGCUGACCCGGCUCUUGUUGACACAAUAGUAGGUGAAUUAAAAUCUCAAGGAACUUUUGAUCAAUUUAGAAAAGAAUGCAUUGCUGAUGUUGACACCAAGCCUGCGUAUCAAAAUUUGCAUCAGCGUGUGGAAUCAACUGUUUCAAAUUUCCUGUAUGGAAAAACAUGGCGACCAGACCUGAAUAAAAACCAACUUCGUGAUAGCCUUCGGAAACAUAUAUUCGAAAUGGGGUUUUUAGAAACUGGUGUUGAACGAAUUGUAGAUCAAGUUGUUAACCCUAAGGUACACUCUGUUUUCAUGCCUCAAGUUGAAGACGUUGUCUAUAGAGUCCAAGGCAUUCCUAAGCCAGAUAAAAAGCCUUCAACAAAUUCAUCGUCCACCAUUGGAUCUGCAUCCAAAACUGCAGGAGUCUUCAAUCAACCCCCAUCAUUUUUACCAGGAUUGUCAUUUCUUCCACCGGCUCUUCAAAACCACAUGCAAAAACCAUCAACUUUUGAGGAUUUGCUUCCCACUGACUUGGACCCAGUUUCACCUGAGAGCAGCAAGGACUCUGCUGAUGGAAGUGAAAAUGUGCUUGAGGAAAGUGGCAUAAUCACACAACAUGAUGAUUCAAUGGAAUCUCAGCUAUCGGGUAUCUCAGACUUAACAAGCCAUGGAAGUGAUCAUGGUGCAGCUGUAGGCUCUGAAAUGAAGGACUUGAAUGAAGAUAGUCAUCAAUCCAAAGUUUCUUCAAAUAGCAAGAAAUCCAGAUCAAAUAAGAUUAAAUCUAGUGAAACUGAAGAACACACUAGUGCCCCAGAUGCAAAUACCUGCAAUGAUGAAGUUGAGCAAGCUUUAGCAGAAACACAAGAACACUUGUACCCCACUGGUCCUGUUGUGCAAUACGGAGAUCAGUUCUCUAUGGAAGAGGAAGUUGCCACAACUGUCAGUGCUAUUAAUAACGAAGCUCCUAGCGAAAAUAAUGUUAAGAAAGAUACAAAUUAUUUUGAAACUGACGGCAGCCUCAAUUCAGAAGAGACCAAACUCAAAGUGGGAGAAAAUAACUUUGAUUCUGAAUGUGCAAAAUACUCUACGGAGCUUAGUGCCAAUGUUGUGGAUGACAACUCUUUUGCUCAAAGUGAUGACUCACAGUUUUCAGGCUCAUCUGACAAUAAACUUCAAAUUGAUGAAAUGAAGGACUUUAAUUCACAGUCAGGAAACUCUCACCAACCUGAGGAUGAGCACAGCUCAAUGAAGACAUCCUCUGAAGGGUUUCUAAGUGAAGACAACAGCAAAACAAUGGUGGUUGAAAACAUUGUAGAAGCAUCAGAGGAAGCUCGUCAUGGCUUUGAAGACAGCCAGGAUGCCCUGGAAAGGCCCCCUUUGCCGCAGACUCCACCUGUUCCUCGUGAUGCCCAAGACAGACCGCCUCUUCCGCCUGAUAGCAGUCCUGACGAUCUACAAAGACCUCCACUACCUUGUACCCCACCCCCUAUUUCGACUGAGCAGGAAGCAAUUCUUCCUCCUCCUCUGCCUCCACCCCCUUCUGAUGAUGUCAUUGAUGCUUUGCAGAGUACAACCCCACCUCUACCUCAAACACCACCAUUAAUUGGAGGGUUGGGCUCGUCUGUUGGUUUGGAUCCUUUGCCAACACCAUCAAGUGAGAAAUGCCUUGAAACUGAAAGGAUGGAGAAGGAGAAGGGAAGUUCUUCCCCCCGGUCCACAACUCCCACUGCAGAAUUUCCAAGGAGUGUGCAACUGUCUGCAACGCCAUGUGCACUUCCAGCAGAUACACGGAGUUUGGAGCGUCCACCUUUGCCUGCAACUCCACCAUUGCCUGCAACUCCACCAUUGCCUGCAACUCCACCAUUGCCUGCAACUCCACCAUUGCCUUCAACUCCACCUUCGCCUACAACUCCACCUUUGCCUUCAACUCCACCAUUGCCUGCAACUCCACCAUUGCCUGCGACCCCACCAUUGCCUGAUGGAUUUAGAGAGCUCGAUCGUCCUCCUCUUCCUCCUUUGCCACCCCCUGCUGAUAUCCUAGAAGUAGCAGAACGCCCUCCUUUACCUAUAACACCUCCCCUAGCCAAAAGACCUAUAAGUCUUGAACGCCCUCCUACUCCUCAAGCUACAGCUUUAAAUAGAACACCGCCACCUUUACCCGAAGAAGAGUUUAGCCGUGAUUCAAAUACGUCCCUUUCUUAUGAAGAGGGGGCUGUUCCUAAAACUCCGUGUUGGGAACCUAGAUCUCCCGAAGCAGAAGAAGAGAAACCGUCGUUAUCGUCUCUUGAACAUCUUGGAAUCCCUGACCCAAGCAAAAUGAGACAAAGUUUCAUUACUUCACCCAAAAACAGUAUUAAUGGUCAAGAUGAAGUUUCACAAUCUGGGUCUGAAGAAAUGCAACUAGCGUGGAGUCCUUUAUCAAAUCAUGGUGAUGAGGGAAAUGAUGAUAGCAGGGGACAACACACAAGUGAAGAGAAGCUUCUUGUUGAAGAGACAUCCUCGAAGGAUCCUUUGACUAAAGGAAAGCUAAAGGAAGAUAAAGGAUCUGGUAACGAGCACAAUAGAGAGUCCAAAAAGGAUGAUAAACUUAAAAGCGAAAGUGAAAAGCACAGGGAAAAGGAUACAAUCAAAGAUGGAAAAAGCAAGGAUAGACGAAAGGAGGAUGACUCUGACAGGUCUCGCAAAGACUCAUCAAGCUCCUCCAAGAGGCAUGAUGACAGGUCUGCGAAACAUAGGGAAAGCAGUAGUAGAUCGAAACACGAUGAUAAGAGCCGAUCUGACAAAGACCGUGAUCGCCAUUCUUCUCAUCAUAGGUCUGAUGACAGGAGGAGGGAUGAGAAGAGAGACGAUAAAGAAAAAGAAAAGAGUUCUUCCUCUAAACAUAAAUCAAGCCGCUCUGAUGAUCGACACCGACACAGAGAAAGAGACCCUAAACAUAGUAGCAGUGGUAGUAGCAAUCGCCAUGAGGACAAAAGCCACGACAAAUCUUCUAAAUCAGAAGAUAGAUCUAAGUCAUCUAAGUCUCAUUCUAGUGAUCGAGAUCGCAAAGAAAGAGAUAGCAGAGACAAGGAAAGAAGAACAGAUAAAGACAAGGAACGGUCAAGGAAAGAUUCAUCCAGGAGCGAUGAAAAGAAAAGGGAGAAGGAGCGUGAAAAGGAAAAGAGGGAUAAAAGCUCUAACAUUUGCCGUCCAAACAAUGAAAGAAAAUCUCCUGAUCCGGACAGCAAUAAUGGCUCUACAUUUGGUGGGAACAACCAUGGCCCAAAUGGGUCUGGAGUGAGAGAUGAUAACCCACAAGAUAGUAGAAAUCAAGACAGUACAAAGGGUUCUGGAUCCACUGAUUCUAAUAGCAAAAGUAGUGAUUCUAGUCAACAGAAUAACUUGUGUGUUGAUCUUCCUUCCACAUCAUGUAAUCAAGGUGGUCCCUUGUCAUCCCUUCCCCUCAAAAAAAGACCUCUUGUACCAGAUAAUGAGGUGUCACAUGAGUUCUCUUGUAGUCAACAACUGGUACUUAAGAUAAAGAAGUUCAAGAAAUGCAAUGAUAAACCAAAAAGCAGAAAGAGUCGAAAAGCGAAAGCUCUAAGGAGGCUGGAAAAGGAAGCAAUCAGGAACUUAAACAAACAUUCUAAGCUGUUGAGUAAGGUUGAUAUUGUUGCUGAGACAUCAGAACCUCAUGAUGUGUCUCCCACCAGAUAUUUUGAAAGUGACUGGCCUACAAAGUCAGAUGACAAAGUUUUCUUGGCAUAUGUUAAAGAUCUAGAGCAAAGCAAAAAUUUAUCUGGCCUUUCAGACUAUUCAGAAUCAGAUUCUGAAGAUGAAGAAAUUCUUCAUUCUGAUGAUUCCAAAAAUCUUCAUGGUGGUCUUGAAGACACAGAUAUAAUUUUCUCUCUGUCUUUAUUGCCAGAAGCCCCAGAGGGGAACUGUUAUGAUAUGGGUCAAGACAGAAAGGAGAGAGUUUCAAAAUAUGGCAAUUCCGUCAAAGCAACAAAGCGUGUUAAACAGAAGAAACCCUUUGAAUCAGAGAGUCAAAUUAAGCGUGUCAAGGUUAUUGCUAAGGAUGUUGAGACACCUGUUCCAACAGAACAAAAAUCAAGACGUGCAAGGAAACCAAAUAAGCGAUACUCAAAUGAUGAGUUUACUUCUCAUUUUGAUAAUGAGGAUGAACUGGAUUCUAUAGAAGAGGAACCUCUUUCAGUACCCACUAGUAUAUCUCCUCCAGUUGAAAAAAGUUCCGCAUUAGCAAGCUCUACAUCAACAGCACCUUGUGAAGAUCACGAAAAAUUGAAGUCUAUGUCCCAUCCUGACAUUGAUCAGCAGGAAAAAGAAAACAAACUAAAUUCGGAAUCCAGUCAAACAGCUUCUGCUCCUUCCAAACAAAAGCCUAAUCAGAGUGUCCAGGCAACAUAUUCGUGGAACAAAGAUUCCUACAACUCAAAUAGUGAGGAUGAAAUGGACAGUACAAACACUGAAAGUGAUUUAAUAGGGACAGCCUUGAAGAACCUCAUGAUGGAAAGUGGUUUAGGUGGGCCAGAUGAAGCUUCUGGAUCUCAGAAAUUACCAAGCACUCCUCGCCAUACUUUGACCAAAUCAUUGUCUGGAAUCAACACAAAAACAAUCCCUUUAUCUGGUGUGAAGAGGGUUGGUCUCAGCAGAAAUUACAAAGGAAACAAAAAGUUGACUGCCAAAGCGAGCAUUGCUGCUGUUUCUGUGUCUUGCGGGCCAUUCUCCCUUCCACCGAGUCCGGAGAGUGACGUCUCGGCGUCUUCAUAUGAUAAAGGCUCUAGUAGUAAAUUACAGGGGUCUAAGUUGGAUGCCUUAGAUAUAGACAGUAAUGCAGAGUCCACAGAACCCAACCAACAUUGCAUCAGCCGAGUUAAACAACACUACAGCAGUGAUGAUCUAUACAAACCCCGCCCUCCUUUGAGAUUGACAUCCAAACGUUCAAAGGCAGUGUCUGAGCAAACAAACUUCCUAUAAUAUUUUUAUUGUUUGGUCGCUUAAUUGGUUGUUUUUAUCAAGUCUACUCGAGAGAGUACUAGAAUGUUACAAUUUGUGUUAUGUGAUCAAGAUCAAUCUUGUAUAUAUAUAGAUAUACGUUAAUGUUUUGCAACUUUUUAAAUUAAAAAAUGAUUAUAAAAGAUA